AUUCAAGCCAUCGAUAUAUUUGUUGAGAUUCUGUUUUACAAAUACCCAUCUCGAAUAUUUCAAGUUCAGGCUGUAGUAGCUCUGUCCAAGUCCGUUUUGUUCCGACAGCGCCAUCGUCAGGCCGAGGUGCCCAACCACAGCUCAUGAUUGAGGACCAGUGGCGCGGCAGUGAUGAGGCACCAGUGGUGAAGUUGCUGGUACGCAGGUUCCGUUCUCUAUGAUGACUAAUAGAUAAUGAGAAAUUACAGCUUCGUGUUUGGUUUAGAAAGUAAUAUAGCUAUUUAAUCAUAACACUUGCAGCGUAACCAAUUCACCUGUGAAAGGUUCCUAGAGGAACUAACCGAUCUAGCUAGAUCUCGCUCCGGACUACACACCGCUACUGACAGCAGCUACCGGCGGCUAAUGCUAACUACAGCGACUGCUUUUAUUCACAUGAGUUUGUGGGACACAAGAUGUCAUCCUUCAAAGCGAGAGGGGCAACAUAACGGGCGUUUGUCGGGCUGACACCAAUCUGCAUCUACACGGCUAUACAGAAGAGACGUUCAUUAUCCGACGUCCUCAAAACCAAAGGACGCCGGGCCCCCAUCCACCACUCAAAUGGAGUUGGCAAUGUAGCGGCAGCCGCACCAGAGAGAGCGAGGGCUAGAGGGGCAAGAAGGAGAGAUGCAAGAAAGUCGGGACUCUGCAACCCGCGACUCAGGCAGCCUGGCAAAGGCUCACCCGGCGCUGAAAGCCUUCAUGUGUGGCUCUCUGAGUGGCACCUGCUCAACACUGCUCUUCCAGCCCCUGGAUCUGGUGAAGACCCGACUGCAGACGCUGCAGGGAAAUGUCAAGCCAGGGGCUUCCAAGGUGGGGAUGUUCAGCGUGUUUCUUCACGUCAUCAGGACAGAAAACGUCUUUGGCCUGUGGAAAGGAGUCUCACCAUCCUUUGUCCGCUGUGUCCCCGGGGUAGGCAUCUACUUCAGCACCUUCUACUCCCUGAAGCAGCACUUCUUUCAGGACCAGGCCCCCAACGCAGGCCAGGCUGUCCUGCUGGGGGCCGGGGCCCGCACCGUGGCCGGGGUCAGCAUGCUGCCCGUCACUGUCAUCAAGACACGCUUUGAGAGUGGCCGAUACAACUACGUGAGCAUGGCCGGGGCUGUGAGGAGCAUGUACCAAACAGAGGGCCUCAGGGCUCUGUUCUCCGGGCUGACUGCCACCUUGCUCAGAGACGCGCCCUUCUCCGGCAUCUACGUCAUGUUCUACAGCCAGGCCAAGAGAGCCCUGCCUCCCGACGGGAACGGCACAGUGUAUGUCCCGCUGGUGCACUUUGGCUGUGGGGUGGUGGCCGGCGUGCUGGCCUCCCUGGUCACCCAGCCUGCCGACGUGGUGAAGACACACAUCCAAGUCAGCGCCUCGCACUACAGCACGUCACGGGCUAUCCAUUACAUCUACAACGAGAACGGCCUACGGGGGUUCUUCAGAGGGGCUGUGCCCAGGUCUCUGCGACGCACGCUUAUGGCCGCCAUGGCUUGGACCGUCUAUGAGCAGCUGAUGGCGAGGAUGGGCCUCAAGUCCUGAAGCGGGGCAUUCCGCUUGGUCGCCGGUGAGCUGGCUGGCGCGAAGGAUUGGCGUGAGGAGAGAGUGCAGGGGGCACGGGGCUGUGUGCGUGUUUCAUUGUAUCGUUUCAAUAUUUGGAAAGGAAAGCCUCAACCUUGUGAGCUUGUGAUCCGACACCUGAUGUGGUCUUACGUCUGACGAUGUCUACUUGUGAAACUCCCUGUCCAGAUGCUGAGCAGCAUCGAGGACCCCUGAAGUAAUGUAUAACCCAACCAACCCUGUGACAACAUGAAAUGGUGUGCUCUCGUUUUGGAGACCAAUUCACCCUCCGCAAACUGGUGUACUUCGUACCAAAAAUGACCCAGAAGACAUUGUUUUUAAUUUUUAGAUUUACGUUUUUUCUGAUGGAGAACAAUCCUUGCUGUCACCAUAUUUAUAAAGUGCUUUUACUUGAUGCA